UAUCUCUUCUCGUAACCUGUUCGGGGUUGGUGCCUGUAGACCGGAGGGAGGCUGCUGGUGAGCCAAUGGGGUAGAAACCGGAGUUGAAAUUCAGGGGCAUGCAGCCCUUGCUGCCUCUAGCUGGUAUCGUCUAGCGGGAGCAAUGAUUACUCCCGGUUACUUAUUCUACUCAAUCCUGGAGUUGUUCCCCCUUUCUCCCCUUUCUCGUAGCCCAAGAUGUACUUUCCACCUUGGUUGCCAAGGAGACUUGCUUAAACAUCAGCCUUGGGGCGUCUAUUGAAAGAAUUGGUUUCUUAAAUGAUUCUGUUAUUUAUUUUGAUUUUUAAAACGGAAAUAUACAUUGAGGACCAUGUGAUUUGACAUUUGUUAAUCUGUAUUCAGGCAACGGUUUCAUUCAACUUCAAGGAAAACGGUAAUUGCACUGUAUGGAGUGCUUUAAAAAGGAUUCGUCAGAUGAAUUUUUCAACGGAUUGUGUCUUGAAUCAUAAAUUACUCCCAUUUCGGUGAUCUUAUAAAGAAAGCUGACUCCAGUUAAACUCUCUUCCCUUCUCUUUCCAGUUAUUUUGCAGUUCACUCAGGCAUGACUGUCUUAACAUUAAAAGCAGAAGAUGAAUUAAUUGUGGUUCCCCACAAAAGGAUGAUAUUCUGUUGUAUAAUGACCAUAACAGGAAUACUUAUGUGAAUUCUUAAUGAAAGGAGAGAGUAUUCAUAACAUACAUCUUUGCUAACAUUUCUAUAGCCACUGCACCACUAUUUAAGUUUUCUGCCCCUCUGUCCAUUUCUGAGAAGAUUCUGUUUUCUUUCAGUGUCUUACGAUGUUUGACAUAUAUCUAUAGAUGUAGAUAUAAAAUGUUUGCCAUAGCUUAACACACCAGAUUCUAAGCUUUAAGAGCUUAUAUUAGCAUGUGGAGAGGAAGGAAGCCAAGAAAGCUUUAUAGAUCCUGCUGGGCUUUUCUGAUAGAUUGAAUCCUUUAUUGGAGCACUGGGAGAGGCCCAGUGAGGAGGUUGGUUCUCCUGUCUCACAGGAACCCCUAAUCACUGGGGCCUCAAGUCCUCAGGUGCCUAAAUGGGUGAACUUAUAACAUAGCUCUUGGAGAGAGCAGCAGCCCAGUAAUUAACAUUUUGCACCAAUUUCAUACUUUCAUUACAAAUAGAAAUGAUCUAGUAAAGAUACUGGCAUUGAACAAUACAUUUUGUUUUCUUUUGAUCUUUGUUCAUCUUUGCUACCUCUUAUUAUGUGAGGCCAGGAAAUAUAUAAUUUUUUUUUUUAAUUUAGAUUUUAAGCUGUGUCAUACAGAGUGGAAUAACAUGAGGAAGAAGGGAGGCAAUGAUAACUGAGCUGGAAUGCUUGCUGACUCCUCUGCAAACUUCUAAGGCUGAGACCCUGAGGAACCCAGCUGGAGAAUGCCGUCUGAACGCUUCCUCAGUAUUCAAGAAAUGCUGACAGGCCAGAGGCUCUGCCACUCGGAAUCUCACAAUGAUAGUGUCCUGGCAGCACUGAAUCAGCAGAGAAGUGAUGGCAUCCUCUGCGAUGUCACCCUGAUAGCUGAGGAGCAGAAAUUCCAUGCUCACAAGGCUGUCCUCGCCGCCUGCAGCGACUAUUUCCGGGUAUUUACUGAGCAUCUACUAUAUUCAAAAAUGUUUGUGUUUGAUGUUGCAAAGGAUACAGAAAACAUCACCACUGCAGCUUCUGCAUCAGAGUUCCUCUGGAGGUCACAACUGAAACAGUAUGGCCCAAAGCCCCCAUCAUACAUCAUGCUGUUAGACUGUCCGUGGCCAAGGUCCUGGGAAACAAAGAUGCUCCUAUCAGGUAGGAUAUUCCAAAGGCCUAGAGAUCAUCUCCCAGAAACCAAAGGCAAAGCCUGGACCUCUCUUUGGGCCAUGUUCAGUCUUUGUAUGGUGGAAAGUGGUGCCGACGAGGUGAAUUUACAUGGUGUGACCAGCCUUGGCUUAAAGCAAGCGCUGGAGUUUGCAUACACAGGACAGAUUUUGUUGGAGCCAGGCGUGAUCCAGGAUGUGCUAGCAGCUGGCAGUCACCUACAGCUGUUGGAGCUUCUCAAUUUAUGUUCCCACUAUCUCAUCCAGGAAUUAAAUAGCUUUAAUUACUUGGAUCUGUACAGACUUGCUGACCUCUUUAACCUCACUUUGUUGGAGAAGGCAGUGAUCGAUUUCUUAGUGAAACAUCUCUCUGAACUCCUGAAGAGUCGCCCGGAAGACAUUCUAACGCUCCCUUAUUGUCUGCUUCAGGAGGUCCUGAAAAGCGACCGUCUGACCUCCUUGAGUGAAGAGCAGAUCUGGCAGCUAGCUGUGAGGUGGCUGGAACACAGCUGCCAUUACCAAUACAUGGAUGAGCUCCUGCAGUACAUCCGCUUUGGCUUGAUGGAUGUGGAUACCCUCCAUACGGUUGCCCUGUCCCAUCCCCUGGUCCAGGCAAGUGAAACUGCAACAGCGCUUGUCAAUGAAGCCCUGGAAUACCACCAGAGCAUCUACGCACAGCCCGUGUGGCAGACUCGCAGGACCAAACCGCGGUUCCAGUCGGAUACGCUGUACAUCAUUGGUGGGAAGAAACGUGAGGUCUGUAAGGUCAAGGAACUUCGCUACUUCAAUCCCGUGGACCAGGAGAAUGCCCUCAUAGCUGCCAUUGCCAACUGGAGUGAGCUGGCGCCCAUGCCUGUGGGAAGGAGCCACCACUGUGUGGCAGUCAUGGGGGACUUCCUAUUUGUAGCGGGAGGGGAAGUGGAGCAUGCCAGCGGCCGGACCUGUGCUGUGAGGACUGCCUGUCGCUAUGACCCCCGCAGUAAUUCCUGGGCAGAGAUAGCACCCAUGAAAAACUGUCGAGAGCAUUUUGUGCUGGGAGCUGUGGAUGAAUACCUCUAUGCGGUUGGGGGCAGGAAUGAACUGCGCCAGGUUCUGCCCACAGUGGAGCGAUAUUGCCCCAAGAAGAACAAAUGGACCUUCGUGCAGUCCUUUGACCGGUCCCUGUCGUGUCAUGCUGGAUAUGUGGCUGAUGGUCUUCUUUGGAUAUCAGGUGGAGUAACUAACACAGCACAAUAUCAGAACAGACUAAUGGUAUAUGAACCUAACCAGAAUAAGUGGAUAAGUCGCAGCCCCAUGCUGCAGAGGAGGGUCUACCACUCCAUGGCUGCUGUCCAAAGAAAGCUUUAUGUUCUUGGAGGCAAUGACCUGGACUAUAAUAACGACCGGAUCCUCGUGCGGCAUAUAGAUUCCUAUAACAUAGACACCGACCAGUGGACGCGCUGUAAUUUUAACCUGUUGACUGGCCAAAAUGAAUCUGGAGUUGCUGUCCAUAAUGAGAGAAUAUAUUUAGUUGGUGGAUAUUCGAUUUGGACAAAUGAGCCUCUGGCUUGUAUCCAGGUAUUGGAUGUGAGUAGAGAAGGCAAAGAAGAAGUAUUCUAUGGGCCUACACUCCCCUUUGCUUCUAAUGGAAUUGCAGCAUGCUUCCUCCCAGCUCCAUAUUUCACAUGCCCUAACCUCCAGACUCUUCAAGUGCCUCAUCACAGGAUUGGCACCAUCUGAAAAGCCAAUGCUCUCUUAAUAACCAUCAUGAACAGGAGGGGGGAAAAAAAAAAAAGGUCUGACUUUUGGAUACUGGGCAUGAAAAUACUCAGUGCUUCCUUGUUAUUUUCUAGGCCUUUUAUUCAGAUAAACACUAGCAAAAAAUGAACAGUUUUCUAAAAUACACGUUAUUGAAAAUACCUGUCACCCUUCCCAGUGUGUGUCAAUAUACAAUAUGUAUGACUUUUAUUGUGAUGACGCUUAAUGCCAACUCAAUGGUCCAUGGGUCUUUGGAACAUUCUUUGUACACUUUGUCUAAUCAGUGCUGUCCAGGAUGUUACACUCUUAGUAAGGCAUUUUUUUUUUUUCCAUCAAUGAUCUUAAAAAAUUUGUUAGUACUUAAUCCCCUUACUACUUAAACCUGAGUUUGUAAUUUUUCCUUUAAAAAUUUAAUAUUAUACAGCCCUGCUCAGUAGAGACUCACCAUUAUGACAUCAUAAAUUUUUAAAUGCCAUAUUUUAUUCAAGGUAAUACGAAUAAUAGAAGUACACUGGAAUAGCAGAUGGAAUACACAGAUUUUUCACCGUGAUUGCUCUGUGACCUUGGGCCAGGAGCUUAACUAUACAGUGCUUCACUUUUCCCACUUUCUAAGGUGGGCAAUUAUUGAUUUCCAUAUUAAUUCAGAAGAAUGUUGUGAGGAUUAGGCAAAUGCUCUAAAGUACUUUGCCUAAGGAAAAAAAAUGUCACUCAAAUUACAAGGUAUUUUACUAUCUUUAGAAACUUGUAAGGGAACAGGAGACUAUUUUUGAGGUUUAGAAAUUACUGGAUAGAACUUGGAACAUAUGUUGUGAAAUAAAUGAUUCUGAAAAGCAUGUGAAAGAGAAAUGCUAAUUAGGAAAAAGGGAGUUUACCAAAGCCAAAGAUUCCUGCACUUGUACAAAUCCCUGCCUCAAAUAAUAAGUCUCUUGAACAUUUUAUUUAAGCUCAUUUAGUGAAAAAUGACAUUUUAAAGCACAAAAAAAUUAGUUGUGCUAAUUUUGGUAACAUAAAGUGCUUUGACAUAAAUUUGAACCUAGAAUCAGUAGUUCUUAUAAAAGUUUUUCCACUUUGUUAAAGGUUAUGUCAAUCUUGAGUGCUUGUGGAAUUCUUCACCACCACCAAUACAUAUUUUAUUACUACCACUUUUAAUAAUGCAUAAGGAUUUUUUUAGGCUAGGUUUUUGGAUUUGCUUUGUCUAUAACAAAAAAUAAAAAAUAAAACAACUCAAUAAUCGUAUUUGGACAAAAUUCGAGGUAUAAAGUGAGUUUCCCCCCCUUUCUCUAAUCUUGUUAGGAUCUAAGUCAUCUUUAUUAAAAGGAAGAUUUGACUUUUUCCCUUGGCAUAGUUUAAUCAUUCUGCAAUCCCUGUCUUAUGGGAAACUGUUAUUUUAUUCAUGUAUCCACUUUUAGUAAAUUGUAAGUGAAUAAAAAUAUUUUUACCCUAAAUACAGAAUUCACUAAUUUUAUACAUUAAAAGAUACCUAAAAGAUUAAUUUUAAUAUAUAUAUAAUUUCAGGUAUUCAGAUUAAAGGGUGGGAGGGGAGGCUAGGGGUAAGAAAAAAAAGGGUAAUUUUUUUUUUAAAGAACAGAGAUUUAGUUUAGACAAACAAAAAAAUCUUAAGAGUAUUUGUAAAGUUCUGAAAAUUGAAAAUUGAUAUUUAGAAGGAAGACAGUCUCUUUAAAAGAUAUAAACCUCUAAACUUAAUUUUUAAAAUGUCUUACCAAGUCAGGAAAAUGGACUCCAGCACUUCAGAAAUCUUUUCAACAAGGACCUAAACAAGAAUUAUUGCAGAUUUACUAAAAUUUUACUUGACACAUCUAUUUUCUCUCCAGCAGUUUUACCUUAUAAAACAAUCUGUUUUUAAUCCUAGACCUUCUAUCCAAUUGAAGGGAAGUGGUCUAAAAGUAAGCUUGCUUGACUGAUAACAGAAAGACAGCCUGAGAUUAUUAUUAUUUUGGUCUUUUUAGGGCCACACCUGUGGCACAUGGAAGUUCCCAGGCUAGGAAUCAAAUUAAAGCUGCAGCUGCCAUCUAUGCCACAGCAAUGCCAGAUCCACACUGCGUCUGCGACCUACAUCACAGCUCAUGGCAACGUGAGAUCCUCAACCCACUGAGUGGGGCCAGGGAUUGAACCUGAGUCCUUGUGGAUACUAGUUGGGUUUGUUACCACUGAGCCACAAUGGGAACUCCUAUUCUUAAUCAGUAUAUGUUAGCAAACCUUUCUUCAGUGAAAUUUAAUGUAUUAUUCACUAAUAUUACAGAAUUGAAGUCAGAAUUUUUAAGUUUUGCAUAGUUUUUCAAAACAUAAUUAUAGCCAAAGAACUGUGUUGAAAGUACAUCCAUCUCCUAAGAAGAAAAAACCCUAACCACUUAUAAUUUGAUCCUUUUCCUCGAAUUAUCAAUCAUGAGUGUAUAAGAAAAAUUGUAGAAAGUAGUGUUUGAUCACAUAAACCAAAUUCCAUUGAAACUAUUCAAAUAUAUUUUUCCAUUUAAGUGAACUAUCCUACAGUAAUGCUUCUUUUGUUUUUACUCAUCAAACUUAAAGACCACAUUGUAUUUAUAUUUGAAUUUCCAUAAGAAGACCAUGAAACUUCCAACAAUUUUAACAUCAUUUCAAGACUUAAAAGCAGUAAAACAGAUACUAGUAGUAUUCUUAUUGUAGGAGGAAAAGCCAGAAGAGACAUGAAUCUCUAAAAUAAUAUGUAUGUAUGUGAAAUGCAAUAAAGUUCCUUAGAUCCUUAACAAAAUGCCAAGUGGUUAGGAUAUUUUUCAUACUUUUUCAUAUUUUCCGCACAGUUUAACUACAUGUAUAUUAUAUACCCUUCAGCCAUUAUAUACCCUUACUUUUUCAGUGGCUGAAAAAUUUAACUUUCUUUUGUUUUAUAGCACAGAGGGUAUAACAGCAAAAUGAAUAAAAUAAAAAUUAUUCCUCCAGGUAACAUGGUUCAUUUUUAUUUUUAUUUUCAAAGAGUCAGCUGUCAUAAAACGGGGGUUGAAUAAUCACUGUUGUGUGUAAGUUGAGUAUAUACAUUAAUUAUAUAUCAUUACUACAUACACAAAUAACUUAAAACAUGCAUAAAAAAAGAAGAAUGCCCAGAAUUUUUCUAAAAGCAGACUUUACAAAUGCAAUAAAAUGGAUAACUUAUCAGCACACCAAACACUUUAAUAAGGAGAAAUUGGUAAAUUCCAAUCAUUUGGUACUGAUUUUGGUAACCUUACCAAUACAGUUUAUCACAAAAUCAAAAUAUAAAUCUCAUCUUAUUAAAUAUGUGAAAGAAUAUGCUAUUUUGCUAGGUUCCCAAACCAACUGUUUAAGCCAAACAAGGCAUGUUAUUUAUACUAGCAUACUAUACAUUUGAUUGACAAGGCAAUUGUUUUAACCCUAUAAGGAGUAGGCAGGAAAUCGGUUUUUGAAAAUGUAAGAUUUAUGUAAAAAUUCCAGCAUUCAAAAAGCACUGGUUUAGAACAGAUAGAACAGUUUUGGGUGAAGUUUCUGUGAUAUCUACCUUUAUCUUUGAAACACAAGUGCUACAUUAAUGUGUAGGAUUUAAACAAGAUAGGUUUUUUAAAGGUGUUUUCUACCUGCAAAGGACUGUCAAAUUUUUAUAUGACAUAUAAUCAUAACAAAGGGGAGGUAAAAAUAAAAACUGUCAAAGAUUCUGUUAAAGUACAUGGAAAUGGGCCCAUGUAACUAAUUAAGAACAAAGUUGUUUUAAAAAUUUGUGAUGAAGCAUGGAAGAUGACAAUGUGUAAUGAAAACACAUAGUAACAACUCAUUAAUCAUUAUUUUUUUACAUACCAAAAAAUAAAGAAAAAGUCAAAUAUGCUUAGGAAGAAAAGAAAAUAUGCUAGCUAUAAAUAAUAUAUAAAAGUUUUAAACUAUGAAACUCUUCUGAUACAAGUGAAUUCAAUACUGAAUGAGUUUUGUACAGAGAGAAUACUCCAUGUCUUUUUCUCUCCUAUGGAAAUCUAAGUAAAUGUUCAAUUGAAAUUUAAAUCGUAACCAAAUAUGAGUGUUUAAUAAAGUCUUUUCAUCA